AUGCAGAAACUUGCGCCAAGCCUACGAUGGACAUCGUACGACGGAUGGAAAUACAAAGGCAUGGAAGACAGGUUGAAGGCAUUGGUGACGAAGCUAGAUAUGGGGGUACUUCAACACCAUGCUGAGCUCGUUAAAGGCCAGAAAGUCAGCAUGAGCGAGCCAUUCUCUGCCGGGCAGUACUGGGUUUGCUUCGAGCUGAUUGCUGAAGAUGGUAGCCUAGUCAUUGCCCGUGUUCGUUUGCCUCGACAUCCCCUUGCUUUGUCAAGUGUGAGCGAAGAAGACGAACAGUAUGCCAUUGCAUGCGAAAUAUCCACGAUGCAUUUCGUGAAGCAGAGACUCCCGAAGUUGGCGGUGCCUUGUGUAUACGCCUACGAAGGCCCUGGAUCACAACUCGCGCUCGAUGCUGGUGCUGCAUACAUGCUCAUAGAAGGAUUUUACGGCAAUACACUACAAGAUGUUGUGCCUGAUCUUUGUAGUUUAUCGGCAUCGAAGCUGGAGCAUGUUAUGGCCCAGUGGACAACGAUUCAAUCAUCGUUGGCAACCCUGACGUACUCUCAAAUUGGAUCGAUCUCCGCUAUUACCGAAACUGGAGAGCCCGUCAUUGGUAAGCUAUCUUCGGCUGCCGCCGAGGGUCUUAUUUCGCAAGGACCUUUCCAAAGCGCUGUUGAUUACUUUACUGCUCUUGGAGAAGCGGCCUUGCGUCGGGCGUACGCAGAUAGCGGCACUCAGAAUUCGUCGCACUUCCGCAAGCUUGGCGCGCUCCUCUUUCUUGAUAUUGUGCAAUCUACGCCAUUAUUCAAAGUCCACCACACACAGUAUCCCCUCAAUCAUAUGGACCUCGGUACGCAGAACGUUCUAGUCGACGAUGAUCUCAACUUCCUAGCCGUUAUCGAUUGGGAGUUUGCCCAAACUGCACCAUGGCAGGUAAACCACUACCCGAUGCCCUUCCCACUAUUAUGGUCGGAUGAGCGGAUCAAGAACAUCCUGAACAACCCUGACCACCUUGCAUACAAGAAUGUGUCACGACAGGCGGCUGCUAGGAAAUUGUAUUGCAGGAAGUUUGACGAGGCUGCGGCUAAGCUGGCCCAGGACGGCCUAUCCCUCAGUGAUAGUUACCCAGAAGUGUUAGAAGGGGCGGCGUCGAGGAUUUAUGCUUGUUUCUGCAAAGUAGGGGACGUACCGGAGCAGGAUGAAGGCCUUGUGAACGAAAUGGCGCGCCUGGCGUUUGGGUUUGAUGCUGAGAGAACGAAACAAUAUCUGGAAUAUUUACUAUACAAGCAAAGAUGA